UCGAACCUAUCAUGUCGCGCCAGGCCACCAUAUCCCGCAAAACGAGCGAAACAGAGAUCGAGGUCUCUAUUGACCUUGACUGUGCCCCGGGUUCUGCCAAGGCGCAGGAAAUAUCAGUCUCCACAGGCAUCGGCUUCCUGGACCAUAUGUUUACCGCUUUGGCAAAGCACAGCGGUAUGUCCCUUACAUUGAAAUGUAAGGGGGACCUUUGGAUCGACGAUCAUCAUACGGCAGAGGACUGCGCGAUCGCACUGGGAACCGCGUUCAAGCAAGCCCUCGGCGAGGUACGCGGCAUACGUCGCUACGGUACCGGCUUCGCCCCUCUGGACGAGGCGUUAUCGCGCGCUGUUAUCGAUAUAUGCGCGCGGCCAUACUGCUUCACCGACCUUGGCAUGAAGCGCGAAAAGGUGGGCGACCUCUCGACGGAGAUGUUGCCACAUAUUUUCUACUCGUUCGCCAUCGCCUCUGGCGCAACGAUGCACAUCGACGUUCUCAGAGGCGAGAAUGACCACCACCGCGCUGAGUCUGCCUUCAAGGCACUCGCUCUGGCCAUAAAGCAGGCCAUAGAGAAGACGGGCGGUAACGAUGUACCUAGUACAAAGGGAGUGCUAUGAUUGCAAUCAGCAAAAUUCUCCGCAAAAAUGUACGAUAUAGAACAGAAUCAGUACGGCAAAGGGCUGUUCACCCAGGCGGCCCCCAGGGGAAGGUCCGUGUCGACAUAACACAGGGGUGCGAGACUCGCGUCGACAUACUGCCGCCUCGUUAUGAUGAGAAUCCUGACAAGGUCUCUGUACAUGACCUCUGCAUUGCCACCGCACUUCAGCUCCAGCCCAGUAAGCAUUGGCAGGAAGCCAAGCCUGUAAGGAUCGGGAGUGCGUGUCAACAUUAUGAGCAAUUCCAGCGUGACGACGACCUGCGUCCCGUCGGGGCGAGACUCGUCCCUGAUUUU